GAAGAGACCACUAUCCUUCUGGCUAGCUAAGAGAGAAAGCUUAGCGCUAUCCAGUAAUCUAUCUAUCUUGUGACUGACCAUGUCGUCUACUAUGCGCCUCCAGGAGUUGUCUCCUAACGCGGAGAUUGUGUCCAAGUCUCAAGCUCGCAUUGUGAAUGUGGCCGCCGCGGUGGGUCUUCAGAAUGUGCUCAAAAGCAAUCUGGGCCCCAAGGGCACGCUGAAAUUGUUGGUCGGAGGAGCCGGUCAAUUGAAACUGACCAAAGACGGUCUUGUGUUGCUCAAGGAAAUGCAAAUCCAACAUCCCACCGCUGCCAUGAUUGCGCGGACGGCCACGGCACAAGACGACGUGACGGGUGAUGGGACCACUUCGACGGUCUUGUUGUGUGGUAGUAUCCUGCAACAGGCGGAUCGGUAUUGUCGCGAAGGAUUGCACGCUCGUGUCAUUGUGGAUGGAUUGGAAUUGGCACGAGAAGCCGUUCUCGAAUUCUUAAAGACGGACUUUGCCUUAGUCCCCGAUAGUAGCGUGGAUGGCUUCAUUCAUGAUCGAGAAUUACUCCAUCAUGUUGCUCUCACGUCGCUACGAACCAAAUUGGAUCCCUCUUUGGCCGAUUCGAUGGCCUCUGCCGUGGUGGAUUCCAUUCAGACCAUCGGAGACAUGGAAGCGGGUGGAGAGCAGCAGACACCCCUCGAUUUGCAUCGCGUGGAAAUCAUCAACAUGCCGCAUUCCACCUACACACCCACUACAAUCCACGACGAAGAAUCCAAACAACCCGAAGAUCUAUUAAAUCCCACGGCUUGUAUCCCCGUCAAGGGAUUGGUCCUGGAUCAUGGAGCUCGUCAUCCCAACAUGCCCACGCUAGUCAAAAAUUGCCACAUCAUGACCGCCAACGUUUCCUUGGAGUACGAAAAGACCGAAGUCCAGUCGGGAUUCUUCUACUCCAAUGCCGAAGAACGAGAAAAACUCGUCGAAUCCGAACGCAAAUGGCUCGACGAACGAUGCCGUUUGAUUGUCGAAUUCAAACGCAAGGUCUGCAAGGAAGGAGAAUCCUUUGUCAUGAUUAAUCAAAAAGGAAUCGAUCCCAUGAGUUUGGACAUGUUUGCCAAGGAAGGAAUCCUCUGUUUGCGUCGGGCCAAACGACGCAACAUGGAACGACUCACAUUGGCAUGUGGAGGAUCGCCCAUUCACAGUCUGGAAGAUAUGGAAGAAUCCAUGCUCGGAUACGCCGGAAAGGUGUCGGAAGUCACCUUUGGAGACGACAAAUUCACCUUUGUGGAAGACUGCAAACACCCCAAAUCGUGCACGCUUCUCUUGCAGGGACCGAAUAAACUCGUCAUGGAUCAAAUGAAGGAUGCCAUUCGAGAUGGCCUACGAGCCGUCAAGAAUGCCAUUGAAGAUGCCGCCGUCGUCCCCGGAGGUGGUGCCUUUGAAUUGGCCGCAUACAUGCACUUACGCAGCAAAGUUGUGCCCUCCACCAAGGGAAAGGCAAAGUUGGGAGUGGAGGCAUUUGCCGAAGCGUUAUUGAUCAUCCCCAAGACAUUGGCGGAAAACUCGGGAUUUGAUGUCCAAGAAACCAUCCUCAAGCUCGAGGAGGAACGGGCGGCUGCCGAGCUACCCGUCGGCUUGAAUUGUACCACCGGGGAACCCAUGCUCCCCGCCGAUGAAGGUGUCUGGGACAACGUGCGUGUCAAACGGCAAUCCUUGUACCUCGCAACCGUCUUGGCCAGCCAACUCUUGUUGGUGGAUGAGGUGAUGCGUGCCGGAAAACAAAUGGGCAAACCACAAGGAGACCCGGGUGAGAUGUAAGGGCGGGUUGUGUUCCAAAGAUAGAUGGGGUUCUAGUAGCUAUUAAUAGCCACAGAUGACGCAGCUUAGCGUUCCCUAAUCUCCUAACUCUUACAAAGAAGUAAGUUACUUACUCAAGCCCUCAAUGAAUAGGAUAAGCACAAUCUAGCUAGCUACUGG